AUGCCUAGAGCUCAUGAGCAUAUUGUAUUAGUAUCAAGUGCCAAAAGUCAGUAUAAUGAUGAUGUUCAAGCAUUUCAGUGUUACGCGGUAAUGGGAAUAAUAUCUAAUCUUCAUAAACCAUGGUGA